GUAAAAUUUGUGAGUUCACUUUAGUUUUGUUAAUCAAUCUCAUCAAAUCAUAUUUGUCUUUGAAUUUUUAUUCAAGUUGUUUCAACUUCUUACUCAUUUUUAGUGAAAAAUGGCCCGAACCAAGCAAACUGCUCGUAAAUCAACUGGAGGUAAAGCUCCACGAAAACAAUUGGCAACCAAGGCUGCUCGUAAAUCUGCUCCAGCCACCGGUGGUGUUAAGAAACCUCAUCGAUACCGACCUGGUACAGUUGCUUUGAGAGAGAUUCGUCGUUAUCAAAAGUCAACUGAAUUGUUGAUCCGUAAAUUACCUUUCCAACGAUUGGUGAGAGAAAUUGCUCAAGAUUUCAAGACUGAUCUUCGUUUCCAAUCUUCAGCUGUUAUGGCUUUGCAAGAAGCUUCUGAAGCUUACCUGGUUGGUCUCUUUGAAGACACUAACUUAUGCGCUAUCCACGCUAAACGAGUUACUAUUAUGCCAAAGGACAUCCAAUUGGCUAGACGAAUCCGAGGAGAACGUGCUUAAGUGUACUGAUUCAUUUCCUCAUACAUCCAUUCAUCUAUCCCUUCAUCUCUCACCCUCUCUCAUCCAUUUAUCCCACCUUUCCUCAUCAUGAUCAUAUUCAUUUGAUCUCAUUAUAAAACAAAAACGGCCCUUAUCAGGGCCAAAUACUUAUUUGUUAAAAGAUUGUUAUAACAGUUUCUAUUUUUUAAACAACUUGACUUUAUUGACAUAAAAUGACAUUACAUUGACAUUGAUUCAAGAUCAUAUUUUAGAUUGUGAGUAAUAAAGUAUAUUUUAAUUAAUAAAGGUGUCUACUUAUUAUAAAUA